AUGAUUGGCGUUCAUUCAGGGUACGUGCAAGUCGUACCUCGUUUUCAUGACCUACCAUACUCUUCAGCCAAACUCGACGAACUUCCCGAUGAUCCGGUCCUUGGGAUUCUUCAAUUUACUUUCCACCCCGAGGUCGACGUCUUCGAUGCAUCACAGCGCGCAUCAAUACUCUGGCAGAAGUCUUUACGCUUUGUUUCGACUAUCCCUGGUUUUCAAAGACUCUAUUGGUCAUCAGUGAACGAUGUCUCGCCGUGUCAGCAGAUUAUCGUAUUGAUCCAGUGGGAAAGCGUGUUUGGCUGGAAACUAUUUCAGUAUUCUCUUGGCUUCAGCAUGAUGUUGGGAUAUAUCUCCCAUGCCUCCAAUCGUUGCGUUCAAAUUGAUUUGCCCCUCGAAAUUCCUGACUCAUGUCACCUCGAACUGGUCUCCUUCCAGUUUCCAGCAGCUCUAUCUGCUUCUCAGCUAGACGAGAAAGCUGGUUUCGAAGCCAAAUGGGGAAGCGCAUUUUCUAGACCCGUCAAUGGAAAUUUUUCUAGCUCUGAAUUAGCAUACGCCUGUGGGCAAUGGCUCCAAAGAGACAAAGACUCGGAGGACCAGUUUUUCAUUGGACUGCUCUUUUGGAACUCAACUCCACAAUUUGACGGUCAUCUGCAGCUUCGAGAGGGAGGCAGUCAAGAUCUCACAAAACAUAUAGCGGAGCUUAUCAAAGAUGCGAUGUAUAUGGUCUCGGCUUGCACGGGCCAGCUCAAUCACGUAUCAGAUGAUCCUCUUCCAGACUCCCCGCAGUGUCAAAUCAAGCAUCAAGCUUUUCAAGCAGAUGUAAAGCCAAUAUACAGCGCCAAACAAGAUCAAAAUGAGUCUGGUAAAGAUAAGUAUCAUGUGGAAAGUAUGUCUCAGGCGCGAAGAAACCCCCGGGAACGCAUAGCCGCUGGGCCCGCUGGUGCGUGGUACAUGAUGGCACAUAUAACUCGGCAUAAUCUACCCCUUGAAAUCAACAGUUCUGAGGCGGAUUGCAUUCAAAUGAUUUCUUUCCGUGCUCAGCGUGGAAACACAAAGGUACAAAGCCAACUUGAAGCACUUCGUGCGAAAUUAUGGAAACUAGGAGAUUGCCCCCCACUAGCUUGGGGUAAAGAAAAAGAAAGUGGAGGGGACAGCGACAAAUUCUUACUAUUCCUUGAACUCACAAAUACCAAAUUACCCAAGCAAGAACGCGAAGCUCGACUGCAAGAAUAUCUUCGGGAUUUCUCGGAUGGAUGUGGAAAUUCCAUCCAGGAGCUAUCAUACAGAGGAACAGCAGGCCCACGGAGGCUGGACAGUAUUUCCAAUGCGGACAUAACCAAUUUCCAUGUCUCAGAGAAUAUAAAUGACCGACGCUCCUUUGGAUAUGCCAUAAGAAAUUACACGCAGACUUUGAUCCAGCAAGUCUUUGCACGCGGCCAAACUUCUCCCUGGUCCGCUUUCGUCACCAAUUGCGGUGCAUGGGCUCCGGAUCAACACUCCGCGGACGAGAUCAAGGAACCCGCAACGAAGGAGUUUGUCUUAGUGUUUCACUGCGAGAUGGAAGGGGCAAGAGAAGAGUGGUACAGUGAUUUCGCUGAAAGAUCCCGAACUCAGUAUGAUCUCCUAGGUCAUAUCACUGACUGGCUACGGACAUUAUCGACAAGUAUUGAGAACCACUAUGUCGUCUUCGAAAAGCCAGAUCCCUGGAUGAUCACCGAUAUGGCGGAAAAGAAGGAGCGUGAGAAGCCAAUCGCUCCACGGUCGAUUUUUGAUGUCCCCUGGGCUACUUGA